AUGGCUUUGGAAGACGAGAAGAUCACCGCCCAAAAUGUGGAGCAUGUAUCCGAUACUUCCGCCAUCGCCUUUGAGGAAGGGCAAGAGAAAGGCCUGAGCGAUGCUCAUAUCUGUACCGAAGAGGACAACAAGCGCAUCCUUCGCAAGACCGACAUUUGGAUGCUUUCCCUUCUCUGCAUGGUAUAUUUCCUACAAUCGGCCGACAAGGGAAUUAUCGGAUUGACAGCCGUGUACGGACUGCGAACGGACGCCCACCUUGUGGGCAACGACUAUGCGAAUCUCGGCAACAUCGGUUACUAUGCGCAACUUGCCGUUCAGCCCCUGGCUGCAUGGGCUCUUGUCAAGCUUCGAUAUCGUCAUGUCCUUCCCGUCAUCAUCACUUGCUGGGGUAUCUCGGUUGCGGGUGGCCUUGCUGGUUCAACCAACUAUGCUGGGCUGAUGGCGUCGCGCUUCUUCCUUGGUGCCUUUGAAGCCGCCGUCAUUCCAUUGUUUUCCAUGAUCACCAUUGCCUUCUAUAGGCGUUCCGAGCAGCCGUUCCGCGUUGCAUGCUGGUACAGCUGCUACGGUCUCAGCACACUCCUCAGUUCGCCCAUUGUUUACGGAUUCGGUCGCGUCCACUCAAAAUCGCUUCACCGGUAUCAGGUCGUGUAUCUGUUUUUCGGACUUUUGACAAUCGCUAUUGGUCUUUGCACGUACUGGUGGGCUCAUGAUAGCCCCGGAGAGGCUCGCUACCUAUCACCAGAGGAUCGUCUGAAGGCUGUCGACCGAUUGAAGGCGAAUCAACAGGGUAUUGUCUCCCAUACCUUUAGCUGGAAGCAUGUUGGAGAAGCGUUCUCAGAACCAAAGUACUGGCUGUACAUGACUAUGGUCAUCGCUGUCAAUGCUGGCGCUUCCGUCUCUUCUGUCUUUGGUUCUAUCAUCCUUCAGAAUUUGGCCGGAUUCACUCCUGACGAAGCUGUCCUGCUCAACAUGCCCUUCGGUGCUCUCCAAUUUGUGUCUAUCCUUGGUGCGUCUUAUUUGGCUUACCGGUUCAAACGCAAGUCGCCAUUCUUACUCGGUCUCGUUACUAUCGUCAUUAUUGGUGUAGCCUUGAUGGUCGCCCUUCCUAAGACCAAGGAAAAUAAAGGUGGUCUUCUUGUUGGCUACUACCUAAUUGCUUUCGUCUUCGCGAUCAAUCCUCUGCUCAUCUCUUGGAUGGGCUCCAAUUGCGCUGGACAAACUAAGAAGGCCAUCUACUACACCUCAUUCAAUGCUGGUAAUUCCGUCGGCAACAUCAUCACCCCAUACAUCUUCGACAAGAAGUUUGCCCCACAAUACGUGAAUGCUCUCAAAGGUAUCUUGUCGAUCUGGUGCAUCCUUUUUGCGGUGGUAAUCGCUCAAGUCAUCGUUAUCACGAUAAUGCAGAAGAAGAAGUGCGAUCAGCGUGAAGCAGCUGGUCUCCCAAGGAACCCUAUCGAUUACUCGAUGAGCGGUGAAUACCACGAGGCUGGCGAGGACGUUCACGCCGAGAAUGGUCUGCAGGACAUGACUGAUAAGGAGAAUAUCUACUUCCAGUACCUGCUGUAG